AUGAUGAGGUCACUGAGCAAAGAGGAUCUGCUCUUUUUAGCACGGCAGGCCGUCAGCGGAGUGCGGCGAGCCAUGUCAUUUCCUCAGCUUGGGGCGCAAUCUCAACAAAAAAUACUUUUUUCGACCUUAGAAACGCUUGAGGACUGUUUUCGGAGGCAAGCGUCCAUAGACCUGCGUACGGUUGACUUGUGGGUGACAAGUUUCAGUGAAGAACUUGUUUCGCAGCUUAACUGUUGUAGUGGAACGACCGCUGAGCAUGCAGAAUAUGGUGGAAACGGUUCUCACCCUGCACACCGCCAAGGUGACGCGCCUUACAUUUUGUCAACCCCAUCUGCUCCUGGUACACGUGGCGACAAGCAGAGGGAUGUUGGUGAGUCGGCAUUGAUAGGAUGCGCCAGACUGCUGUCAGAGCUUCUUCAGAGGAUUGGUGAAGGUGCCGCGAAGGUGUUUUCUCAGCGUGGCAUCGUAACGCAUAUGAUGAAGUUCUUUGUUCACGUUCCAUUGAGCAAGAAGAUGCGGCAGGCCUUCUCCACAGCGUUGGCGGACGUUAUGGGAUACAACGCGGCACUAUUGGGGGAAGGCGUUUCCGCUUCCCGUUCGCUUCUGCUGAAGUGUAGUGAGGAAGGAAGAGUAUUUUCGGUUGUGCCCCAGCAAGUGCAUUUGGUUUCAGUUCUCGCUGCUGCCAUUUCCCGCGGUGAAUACGGCGCGAGGCAAGAAGAGGUCUCCCUCUUUCAACGCGACGGAGAUGCCUUCCUGUCCGACCUUAUUUGCACAUGUUCAGCUCUCGCUGGAGAUGCCACUGGGGAACAGGAUAUUCGUGGGAUACGGUUAACGGGAUGCCUGGCUUAUUUCGAUCUGCUGAAGGUUGUACUACGCAGCUGCGCGGAGAGCAAGGCGAUGUGUCGCAGUCGACAUCGUGAGAAAUUCAUGGCGGCGUGGGUCAGAACAGCAUCGAGUCUGCACAACCUUCGUCUUGAGAUGGAAAUGCCAACGAGUAACCCAGGAGGCUCCGCCGGUCCUAUCAUUGGAAGUGAGGAAACGUGGGUUUUUGUGCUCGUGGACGUUCUAGUCGAGGUCGCAGCAACCAACAGUUUCUCCCGCAGCAGGGAGACUUUCUUUGGAAGCCUUAAAUGUCACGGUACCAUUGCCGACAGUGUGAUAUACCCAAAGACUUCCUCACUGGCUGCGACGUUUUCAUCUCUGGCUCCUUCCAUGAGUUAUUUGGCGGUUGUUAGACCCACCGGCAGGGCUGUUGAAUCGUUUCCCUCAUUUUGGGAGACGCUGAUGACGGGCGAGUCAUCGGGUGUUUGGCAGUUGGCUUCGUUGCUGUUUGACUGCGUACUCACAGGGGAUGGCUGUUCACUCGUUGCCGAAGCCCUACUUUGUGUGAACUCAGGAGGAGAUAUUACAGAUUGCAUCUAUCGAUAUGUGAUUUUCACACUUGCGUUGCUCUGCACGGCCGCACCCCAGAACGCCAAGGUGCUUGCAGAGGGCCCCGUUAUUGACGCUCUCUUGGCAUGCAUUGCAAGCAAUGAGGAGAGUGUUUUUUCCUGUGCGGAGUCUCCGAGUGUCUUGUCGUGCACGAUCCAUCCGUUGAGUGCUCGGUCAAUUGAAGCCUCUGUAGCUCUGCUGAACCUACUCACAUCACUCCAUGCAAAUGAGAGAGUGAUGAAGAGGCUCAUGGAUGGGGUGGGGAAAAUGUGUUCGCAACGCGUGUUAGCGGCUGAUGUUAACAUCGUAGAGUCGUUUCUGCACGUACUCGGCUGCACUUCGUUUCCUCGGGGUGCGCUGUACUUUUCUGGCGCCAGUUGCAUAAGGUGCAGUCUUGAUUGGGACCGUUUUGGCAGCCUCUUUUCAACCUACACUUGUGUCUCGUGGUUGCACCCGAAGUGCGUGUGGCGUGAGGGGAGCCCCCUAUUUUGCUGUGAAUAUGCGCAAUGUGGCGUGUCAGUGACCCUGGUAAUCGUGGCCAACGGCCGGUUGUGUGGUUUAGUGGUUCGGUUCCGUAUUUUCGAAGAGGUAACGAACGUUAAGGUACCUGGUGUCUCAUUUCAGGCUGAUACAUGGUCCCAUGUUGUCUUCACGCAGCAUCCCGCAGGUUUUACGGUGUGCGUCAACGGAUGUCGGGUGGAGGUGCGCUUUCCCCAUGACACCUAUGAGGCCGUUUCAAAGGAGAAGGUGGUGAAAAUUUCUCUUGGUGGAGUUCUUGGUGUCCCUUCAUUCUUCGGUUUUGCCGCGAGCAUGGAGCUGUUGGACCGUGCGCUAACGAUGGAGGAGGUCAUGAAAUUGUACGAUUUGGGCCCAAAGUCUCUGUCUGAAGCGGCGGCGUCGUGUUACCUUCCGUUGAACGUGCUGUGCGGAGUUUCCUUCGGGGAGGAUGUUCCCAUUAUCAAGGUUGUUGAUGAGAUCAGGCAGCGACCCCAGAACUUGUCUGUGUCAAAUUUGACUACGUUUUUGCCACCAAAUAUGGGUGAAAUCUUCGCGCACCAUGAUGUGGCAGGUUGGGCGGUUCGGACCGUGGCGGGGGCCGGGGCAGCUGCGGAGAGUUUUCCCGUAGUUGCCAGGCUAUGCGUGCGCUUCCUCUGCACGACAAUGAAGUUAUCCACGAUAGACGGGGGCAUCGACCGGAUCAUAGAUGGGGGUGUUAUUGAGCGGCUACGAGGGGCAUUGCUCUCCUGGCGUCAUAUGCCAGUUGAUGUACCCGCGCUCCUGAUAUCCUGUACCAUCCCGCGCGGUGGAAAGAUAAUGCGCAACCAUGAUACCACGCAAAGCAUUCUCUCUCUGAUGCUCGAUCUCGUUGAUAGAGGGGGGCUUGGACCACACGAUGCAUCGUGCUUGUUGCGCGAACUUAGUGAUACACUCCUCUUCCCAGAGAAUGUUGCAAUAUUCCGGUUGGUCCCCGGUCGUUUUGAGCGCUUACUGAAUAUGAGCGUGUCUCUUCCUCUAGAAUGUGUGGGGAAUCUGAUCGUUCUUGUGGAAAGGUUGUGCAAGGAACCGCGGGAGAUUGAACAAGUGUUGAAAUUUCUGUUGAUUGAGGCCGUUAGCAAAACGCAUGAACGUGUAAAGGCGGUUGUGCUUCAUAUGUUGUUUGACAUCGCGCGCACUGACACCACUGUAUGUGACUUGAUUGAGAGUGCUUUUGACAACACUGGCGCCUCCUUCCUGAUAUUGUUGGCUGGGGGGAAGAGUCAUGGUAGUGAGGUUAUUCGGGUGUUAGCGCUUCGCAUUCUGUCUCUGAUUCUUCACAGCAGGGAGGAUUCCCACAAAAAAUUCAUUAAUAGCCGGGGGUAUGAGGUACUUGCCGCUGUGAUGGCCGGCCCUGAAGCCGCAUGUGUUCCCAUUGGUAUGGCCACAUUCAACUGCUUGUUUCAAAUGGCAUUUGGAGCAUUCCUACCCGCAGCAAGCGGCGGCCUUGAAAGGGCAAGACAAAUACGGACUGCGUCCUUGGGGAGUCGACGAGACAAUUUACCUCAUGAAGUUGCUGGUGUAUCAACAACCGAAAAACGGUUGCAUGUGGUUGGCUCGCAAGGUUAUUUGCCCUGCCUGAUUCAUCAGCCGUUGCGCAUGGCGCGGCGGGAGUACGGCUUUGGAUCAUUCUGUGAGGGUUCUGGAGGCGACUGUAGUCAGUAUCAACUGUGCGAGGUUCAUGAGUUGUCCCGUGUCCGGGCAUACAGUGAGGGUGUACUUCGGGAACCCCAGGUGAUCUACCCACUUCUUCGCCUCCUCGAGUGUCUGCUUCAGAACAUGAAUAACCACAUGGAAGAAUCCUGUGAGGACAUACUGGACGCGGCGGUCGUUACGGGGGAGUUCACGUUCGCUGUUUCUGGGCAGGGUAAUGUCCAGCGUGGGAGUUCGUUCACCGGUAUCCCUUCCUCCUCCUCAGUCUGCGGAGAGCGUGAGUCACCGGCCGUAGUUGCCCUUCGGGUGCUAACCUACAUUGAGAAAAUUGUGGGUUGUCCCAAGAGCAGCGAAAUGCUGUUGACCUUCCCGUGGUUGACGUUACUGUGGGACUCGAUACAGCACGUGAUGGCGAGUCCGACUUCACGAAGCAGCUACACCGGCGAAGGCCUUUUGGCAUCCCAGAGGCCACGGAUAUUCGCCGGUAUCGAGAAGCGUAUUCGCCGCGCGGCCACCCGUCUUGCCAUACGGGACCUUGGUUGCAACUCCAGCGCCGGUGUUGUGCGCGAUAUCGUUCGGGGGAGACAUCCGACUAUUUUCAGGAGGAUUAUCCUCGAAGAUAUUGCUUCACACUUUGCGUUGAAUCACCACGGGUUUAGCAACCGUGCAGAAGCAAUGAACAUCGUACAGAAUCUCGACCUCCUCUUUCGGAGCAUCGAGGAUAUCCUUUCCCCACCUCCCGUUCCAUUGGUGUUGAGCAUUGUGAACUGCAUUAAUGCCAUAGCCGUUAGAAACGAUUCGUGGGUUCGCAUGCGCAUGAGGGAAUACAGCCGCCUCUUCGAGACGCGUGAUCAUCUGAGUUACAUGCUCCUGACAACAACGGAAGCUUUUGGCAAGUUGAAACCCGUGGCGCUUAGGCAGGUGUUGGAGGCCAACGAGAAUAGGCCGAGAACGAUACGAAUUCUUCUUUUUCACCUCGGCAACGCCGUUACUAGAGGAGAUACAGUCGAAGUCGGGGUGUUACUUUUGAUGAUUUGGCACCUUAACAAAGUUGACAAAAGUAAUAUACACGCGUUGCAUUCCAUCGUGGGUGAAGAAUACGCCAGAUUCGUUGACAACGUUUGCCUGCGGAUGGACACAACGCUUUCCAGAGCCCCUGUUGUUGCCGAAGGCGCAUCAGCAUAUCCAUGUGUAAUGCGUGAGGCAACCACCAAUGUUUAUAGUGAUGAUGCAGCAAUGGCACUUGUUCGAGAGGUGUCGGCGAGUGUCGUUGAAUGGCAUCGUGAGGAUUCCGACCGGUGGAAAGUUGUGCAGCAGCGUCUGGUGGCCGCGCCCGAAUGUGUAGGCAGUGGAAGUGUAGGAAGUGAGGAGGACGCUUUUGGCUGCAGUAGUGACAUGACGGGGGUAAACUGUGCUGUGCAGAGUAGCAGCAACUGGAAGAUCGAGAUACUGGGUCACUUGGAACGCAUUAAGCGGGAGGUAAAUACGCGUGUCACUGAGAGUUGCUAG